UGUGCCAUAUAAGUUGCAGCACAAUGGCGUCUGGCUACGAGAAUUGUGCGCACACAUGCCAUAUCUUUAUGACCCGUCAUGUGCCAGGAGGAUAAUAUGAACUUUUAAUGAGCUAAAAAAAAAAAAAAAAACGUCUGUGUUUUGAUAACAACAGCUGCCAGAGGAAGAAGCGGAGAGAUCAAUUGCAGCCAGGCCUAGUGUUACAAGACUCUCCCACACUUCUCUUCCUCUAAUUUUAUGGCCUGCUCCAGAUGCUGGGCCUCCUUACACACUUCUAUUGUCCCGGGGCCCCGCCGCCUCAUUGGCUGCAGACUGUGGGAACCUGGACGGAGGGAAAACUUCACACUCUGUUAUGCAAAUAGGGGGCUAUAAAGGCGGGCACCGGCCAUUUCCAGCCAGACACUCACUGCCUGACCCACCAAGGACAUUACCUGGGAUUGUACUGCUAGAGCAAUGGCUCCAAACCACAAGCUGGAGGACACUGAGAGCGGCCUGGGCAAAGACAUGCGCAAGCUUAGGAAACCAGUGAUCGAAAAAAUGAGGAGAGAUCGUAUCAACAGCAGCAUCGAGCAGCUGCGCCUCCUCUUGGAGAAGGAGUUUCAGAGACAUCAGCUCCCCUCCAAACCGGAGAAAGCCGAUAUCCUGGAGAUGACGGUCAACCUGCUGAGACAACAGCUCCACCAUGCAACCAAAGGUGAGUUAUCCAAUCCUCACCUACCUGGUUAUACAAUACUCCUGGUCAUCGGAUAUACGUACGCAAGGGCGCCCCUCCCCGUCUGGUCAUCAGAUCAUUAGACAAAUUAUACCCGAUAGGACUUCGAGUUGGUA